AUGACAUCCCAGAUACAACUACCGGAAAGGGACUUUGACGAGGAUAUCUCAGAUCUGGAAGAGGACAAGACGCGGGCCAGGGGCGGUGGCAAGCAGCACAAGGGGGGAGAGGAGGGUGAGGGCGACGAGGAUGACGAGGAUGACGCCGAUGACGAUGAGGGGGAGGAGGACUGCGAAUGCGACGAGGAGGAUCCUGAUUGCGACUAUCAGUCUGAGUGUGGCGAUUACGAACUGGAUAGGGACGACGACGUGGAGUCCAAGAGAUCCAUACCAAUCUACAUGCUAGAAACCGACGUUGAGAGAACCUGGAAUCCCCACGAGACAGCGGUCCUUACGAACGCGGGGGUGGUACUAGUCGAGUCCAACGGCGAGCUGUUCCUCAAAAUCGACAAGCUCACGGCCGUUAUUUCGUUCCGGCACUGGAACCCGGUAAAGCAGGUCGUGGCGGAUCUCGCGGUACCCGCCGUCAUGAUCUAUAAGGCCGCCCACCCGAACCCUCCUCUCGACUUCGUAUAUAGAGAAGAGAAUCAGGAUGGGAAAAUCUUCAAGGUCCCCAAGGUCCGGAUAAAAGAACUCGAUAACUCAAUCGCGGAAAUGGACCCAGACUCGCCGCGCCCCGGGGGCUGCUAGAUCAAUACGGCAGGUUUAAGCUUCCCGAGCUGCCAGGGACUGAGGCGAC